AGUGAUAUGGAGAUUUUGAUAGAGAUUGCAUUGACCGGUACUGGUCCAUGGCCUGGGGGUUGGGGACUCUUGGAUUAAAGGCUUAAAUGUAAGAUCUAAAACUAUGAAACUAAUAGACAAAAACAUUGGAGAAACACUCUAGGACCUUGGUCUAAGCGAAGAUUUUUUUUGGGUAAGACCUCAAAAGCACAGGCAACAAAAGCACAAAUAGGCAAAUGGGAUUGCAUCAAGCCAAAAAGCUUCUGUUGCAGUAAAUGAAACAAUCAAUAAAGUGAAGAGACAACCUACAAAAUGGGAAAAAAUAUUUGUAAGCUAUCAAUCCAACAAGGGAUUAAUAACCAGAAUAUGUAAGAAACUCAAACAACUCAACAGUAAAAGAAAAAAAUGAUUAAAAAAUGAGCUAAAGACCUGAAUAGACAUUUCUCAAAACAUACAAAUGGCCAACAGGUAUAUUUAAAAAUACUCAGUAUUACUCAUCAUCAGGAAAAUGCUAAUCACAACCACAAUGAGAUAUUAUCUCACCAUAGUUAGAAUGGCUAUUAUAAAAAGGACAAAAAAUAACACAUGCUGGUGAAAAUGCAGAGAAAGGAGAACUAUUGUAGACUGUAGUAGGAAUGUAAAGUAGUACAACCACUGUGAAAAACAGCAUGGUGUUUCCUCCAAAACUUAAAGACAGAACUGCCAUAUGAUCCAGCAAUUCCACUGCUAGGGAUAGAUCCAAAAGAUGGGAAAUCUGUAUACUGAAGACUACCUGCACUCCUGUGUUUAUUGCAGCACUAGCACUAUUCACAAUAGCCAAGAGAUGGAAUCAACCUAGGUGUCCAUCGAAGGAUGAAUAAAUAAGAAAAUGUGGUAUAUAUACACAAUGGAAUAUUAUUCAGCCAUAAAAAAAUAAAAUCCUGUCAUUGCAGCAACAUGGAUGGAACUAGAAAUCAUUAUGUUAAGUGAAAUAAGCCAGGCACAGAGAGACAUUUUAUGUUCUCACUCAUUCGUGAGAGCUUAAAAAGUGGAUCUAACGGAGGUAGAGAGUGGAAGGGUGGUUACCAGAGGCUGGGAAAGGAAUGGUGGAGAGGUGGGUGAAGAGAAGUUGGUUAAUGGCUACUAACAUGCAGUUAGAUAGAAGCCAUAAGUUAAAAUGUUUGCUAGUAGAGUAGGGUGACUAUAGUUAACAACGAUGUAUUAUGUAUUUCAAAACAGCUAAGAAGUAUAAUGUUCCCAGCACAAAGAAAAGAUAAAUGUUUGAGGUGAGGGAUGUCUCAAUAAUGUUAAUUUGAUCAUUACACAUUGUAUACAUGUAUCAAAAUACUAAAAUACCCCAAAUACAUAUAAUAAUUGUGUAUUAAUAAAUAUAAUACAAAAAUUCUAAGUUUUAGUUUUGUUCAUCUUUUCUAUUGUUUUUCUAGUAUUGAUUUAUUUCUUCUCUGAUCUUUAUUUCAUUUCUUCUACUAACUUUGGGCUUAGCUUGUUCUUCUUUUUCUAGUUCCUUGAGGUAUAACUUCAGCUUAUUUAUUUGAGAUCUUUCUUCCAUUUUAAUGUAGGUGUUUAUUGCUAUAAUCUUCCCUCUUAGAACUGCUUUUGUUGAAUCCCAUAAUUUUGGGGAUAUUUUGUUUCUAUUUAGCUCAUCUCAAGAUAUGUUUGUAUUUCCAUUUUGAUUUCUUCUUUGAUGCAUUGGUUGUUCAGGAGCACAUUGUUUAAUUUACACAGUUGUGAAUUUUCCAAAUUUACUCCUGUUUGUUGAUUUCUAGUUUCAUGCCAUUUUGUCCACAAAAUAUACUUGAUUUGAUUCAAAUCUUCUUAAAGAUGUUAAGACUUGGUUCAGGUGGGUCCUAGCAGCAGUGUCUUCUGAGGCUCUCCGUGCCUUCUUCUUUUCACUUCCAGAAACAUGGCCUCAGGGGUGGCCGUCUCUGAUGGUGUCAUCAAGGUGUUCAAGGACAUGAAGAUGCGUAAGUCUUCAAUGCCGGAGGAGGCGAAGAAGCGCAAGAAGGUGGUGUUCUUCUGCCUGAGUGAGGACAAGAAGAACAUUAUCCUGGAGGAGGGCAAGGAGAUCCUGGUGGGCGAUGUGGGCCAGACUGUCAACAACCUCUACGCCACCUUUGUCAAGAUGCUGCCAUAUAAGGACCACCGCUACGCCCUCUAUGACACAACCUACGAGACCAAGGAAAGCAAGGAGGAGGACCUGGUGUUUAUCUUCUGGGCCCCUGAGUCUGCACCCCUUUAGAGCAAAAUAAUCUCUGCCAGCUCCAAGGACGCCAUCAAGAAGAAGCUGACAGGGAUCAAGCACGCAUUACAAGCAAAGUGCUACAAGGAGGUCAAGGACCACUGUACCCUGGCAGAGAUGCUGGGGGGCAGUGCCAUCAUCUCCCUGGAGGGCAAGCCUUUGUGAGCCCCUUCUGGCGCACUGCCUGGAGCAUCUGGAAGCCCCGCACCUGCCCUCGGGGGUUGCAGGCUGCCCCCUUCCUGCCAGACCAGAGGGACUUGGGGGAUCCCAGCAGAGGGAGGGCAAUCCCUUCACCCCAGUUGCCAAACAGAACCCGCACCCCCUGGAUUUUCCUCCUCCCUCCAUCCCUGACGGUUCUGGCCUUCCCAAACUGCUUUUGAUCUUCUGAUUCCUCUUUGGUUGAGGCAGACCAAGUUCCCCCCAGGAACUCCAGUUGUGGAGUGGCCUGUAUUUUUUUUUUAACAACACCCCUACUCCCCACCUGUUCCUCCCCCUUUCCAUGCUGCCAACUUCUAACCGCAAUAGUGACUCUGUGAUUGUCUGUUUAGUUCUAUGCAUAAAUGGAAUGUUGUGGAGAUGA